AUGGCUGAGGACAUUGAAGUAUGGGACGUCAUAUGUAAAGGUCCUUAUGUGCCAACUAUGGAGGUUAAAGAUGGAGAGGUCACAAGAGUCAUUCCCAAAACUCGACAACAGUAUAAUGACUCUGACACACCAUUAGUCCAGAAAAAUCAUAAAGCAAGGAAGCUACUGAUGUGUGGCCUUAGUGUAAAUGAAUACGAUCUGAUCUCAUCUUGUGAAUCAACCAAGGAAAUCUGGGAUCUAUUGAGAAAAACUUAUGAGGGCACUAAGGAAAUAAGGAAAUCUAAGCUAGAUCUAUUUAUCACUCAUUUUAAAGGUUUCACAAUGAAAGAAGGUGAACUCAUUCAUGAAAUGCGCACUAGAUUCUCCACAAUUACAGAUGAGCUCAUGUUCCUUGAAGAACCAAUCUCUGUUGUCAAGCAAGUCUCUAAGAUACUAGAAAUUCUUCCUAGAUCUUGGACAAAUGAUUUUGUGAUUGAAAAUGAGACAAGAGAACCUGAUGUAAUGACGAUGUAUCCACUAUUUGAGCAUCUUCAAGUUCAUGAGAUGCACAGAAAAUGGAGGGGUCUCUUUCUCAAGGGAAAAGACAAGAGGACAGAUCUGAUUGAUGAGGCCGAUUAG